AUGCCGGUGCGCUUCAAGGGGCUGAGUGAAUACCAGAGAAACUUUCUGUGGAAAAACUCCUAUUUGUCAGAGUGCCGUAAUCCCUCAGUAGGACAAAAGUACCCAUGGGCUGGACUUAGAUCAGAUCAGUUAGGAAUCACUAAAGAACCAAGUUUUAUUUCAAAAAGAAGAGUCCCUUACUAUGACCCACAGAUUUCAAAAUCUCUUGAGUGGAAGGGAUCUGUCUCAGAGAACAAUGUGUCACCAGAACCUGAAGCACCAAUAUUGCAAGAGACAGAACAAAAAGAAGAUGCUAACCAAGAAAAAGUUCUCAACUUGGACAUUUCCAGAGUUCCCAAGAGAACCAGAUCUCACUCUGCAGACUCCAGAGCUGAAGGGACUGUAGACUGUGUGGAAGAUAAUGAGGGUGUAAUAGCAGACCAUACACCAGUUAAGGAAAAUGUAGAACUGGAACACUCUACCAAGCCUCUUUCAGAAAAAGUGGAUAAUGGGUUGGAUAGACUUCUACGAAAGAAAGCUGGAUUGACUACUAUACCUGCACAUAAUGCCUUGAGAAAUUCUGAAUAUCAAAGGCAGUUUGUUUGGAAGACUCCUAAAGAAACUGCUCCGGUGUUUGCAGCCAAUCAGGUUUUCCACAAUAAAAGCAAAUUUGUUCCACAAUUCAAAGGUAACUCAAUCAUCCAUGAAACAGAAUACAGAAGAAAUUUCAAGGGCUUGUCUCCAGUGAAAGAACCAAAGUUAAGAAAUGAUUUGAAAGACAACAGAAAUCUUGAAACUCUAUCUCCUGAAAAGAAGUGUAAUAAAAAAGACGAUCAUUUAAAAUCAGAAGCAGAGAUGGAAUCAAAAGACUCAAACCAGCCUAAAAAGAAGGUUACUCCUUGGAGACAUCAAAGGCUUGGGAAGGUGAAUUCUGAAUAUAGAGCAAAAUUUCUGAGCCCAGCUCAGUAUUUAUAUAAAGCUGGGGCUUGGACUCGUGUAAAGGAAAACAUGCCAAAUCAGGUUAAAGAACUCCGAGAGAAGGCUGAGUUUUAUAGGAAACGAGUCCUGGGAACACAUUUCUCUCGGGACCACCUGAAUCAGAUUCUCUCUGAUAAAAAUUGCUGUUGGGAUAUCUCUUCAACCACAAGUUCUGAAGGAACCAUUAGUAGCAACAUCAGAGCUCUAGAUCUUGCUGGAGAUCCUACAAGCCAUAAGACUUUACAGAAAUGCCAUUCCACCAAACGAGAAGAAAAAAGACCUAUCUUGGAAGAACAGCCCUCAAAAGAUACCUCUGAGAAAUUGGGUGUGUCAGGUGCUCCUCCUGUGCCUGUGAGAAGACGUCUUGCUUGGGACGCAGAUAACACCGAUGAAGAUAUGCAGAAACAGCCAAGGGGGAAAGAGAAGGAUGAGGAAAGUGAAAGGGAUAAGCAGGUUCAUGUGGAAGAUUUAGAUAAGUUGGAAGUAAAUGAAAGAUCUAAGGCAGACAAGAUAAGAGAAGGGUCAGAUUCUUCUUCUAUAUCCUCAGGAAAAGGAGGCAGGCUUCCUACACCAAAGCUGAGAGAACUUGGUGGAGCCCAGAGAACUCAUCAUGACUUAACCACUCCAGCUGUUGGUGGUGCUGUUUUAGUGUCCCCAUCUAAAGUGAAGCUUCCAGUGGCAGAACAGAGGAAACAAAUGUUCCCUCAGGAUGGCUCAGAAAUGUCAAAGAAUGGUUAUAGCAAGAAGGAAAGUCGUGCAAUACCCCUACUGACUUCUCCAGCUGCUGGUGUGAAAACAGUUGAUCCCCUGCCUUUGAGGGAAGAUUCUGAAACCAAUAUCACCAAAUUUGCUGAAGAAACUCAUCCAGUUUCAAAAAUUCCAGAGUCUCCAGCAAACACCCUUGGGCAGUGUCCUUCUCCACCCUAUGCUGCAUCCUAUCGUCAUCCGUCUCAUCGAAUUCAGGGGUCUCUAAGAGCUCCAGAAUUUCAUAAUGUGGGGAAAGCAAGGACGAGUAAUUUCCAGUUGCCACAACAUGACACCUUUAAUGAUGAAGAUGACAGAUUGUCUGAGAUUUCUGCUCGCUCUGCAGCUUCUAGUCUCCGGGCUUUCCAAACACUGGCACGAGCUCAGAAAAGGAAGGAGAAUUUCUGGGGCAAAACGUAA